AUGGUGCUUACGAAGGAAAAUGCCUCUAUUGGCAUUAUCGGCAUGGGAGACAUGGGCAAGAUGUAUACCCAGCGUCUCAGCAUGGCAGGGUGGAGGAUAAACGCGUGUGACAAGACUGAAAACUAUGAAGACCUGCAAAAAGAAUUCGCUUCUCAACAAGGAGUUACAAUUCUCCCGAAUGGACAUCUGGUUUCAAGAGUUAGCGAUUUCAUUUUAUACAGUGUAGAAGCUGGAGUUAUCGACAGGGUAGUCGCACAGUAUGGGCCAUCAACCAAGGUCGGUGCAAUCGUCGGUGGCCAAACGUCCUGCAAGGCCCCGGAGCUGGCUGCAUUCGACAAACACCUUCCCGCGGAUGUAGAAGUCGUAUCUUGCCAUUCCCUCCAUGGCCCUAAAGUGAAUCCUAAAGGACAGCCCCUGGUCCUGAUCAAACAUCGAGCCUCCGACGAGAGUCUUAAAUUCGUUGAAGAAGUCUUGUCUUCCUUCGAAUCUGAGUAUGUUUAUCUCACAGGUGAAAUGCAUGACCGCAUUACUGCAGAUACACAGGCCGUAACACACGCUGCCUUCCUGAGUAUGGGAACCGCAUGGCAAGCCAACAACCAGUUCCCGUGGGAAAUGUCACGUUGGAUUGGUGGAAUUGAGAAUGUAAAAAUCAAUAUUACAUUACGCAUCUACUCCAAUAAGUGGCAUGUCUAUGCUGGACUUGCUAUCCUCAACCCUGCUGCAAAGGAGCAGAUCCGGCAGUAUGCGCAAUCUGUGACUGAGUUGUAUAAACUCGUCAUUGGCGGACACAGAGAAGAGCUCAAGCGUCGGGUUAAGGCUGCGGGUGCCGCUGUCUUCAAAGAAGGAACGGAAGGACAAGAUUUGCUCCUGAAGGAUGAAGUGCUCGAUCGCUUUUCCCUUUCGAACCGGUCUCGCGAAAAGGCUCCUCCCAACAAUCAUCUCAGUCUGCUUGCAAUUGUUGAUUGCUGGUCAAGACUUGGCAUUGUCCCUUAUGACCACAUGAUUUGCUCCACCCCACUCUUUCGUCUGUGGUUGGGUGUGACCGAGUAUCUGUUUCGUAACCCCGAACUCCUUGAUGAGGCUUUGGAUACUGCGAUUGACGACAAUACUUUCCGUUCGGACGAUCUUGAAUUCACCUUUGCAGCUCGGGCCUGGUCCGACUGCGUUUCCUUUGGUGACUUCGAGUCUUACCGUCACCGCUUCGAACGAAUCCAAGAAUAUUUCGCUCCUCGGUUCCCAGAGGCCGCCAAGCUUGGAAACGAGAUGAUGAAGACUAUUCUCGAGAAGACGACCGAAUCAUCAUCAAAAUAA